AUGUCUGAGGAGGGGAAGGAGCAGGAAACGCAAGCCCCGCUGGUGACAGAAACAGCCGUCGAGUCAACUUCAGCAAAUGGGGUUAUCCCACAAAACGGUCAAUGUGGGGGUUCUGACGAAAGCACUGCAGUGCACAACAGAGAGUGGAUAUCCAUGGAGAAUUUGAAAACGCUGCUGAGGGAAAGACUGACGGAGCUGGCCAGCAAAGCCGGGUCGGGUUCGAGUUCGAGGACCACCGCUCCUUUGGAGCGCAGCCAAGGCGAAGGGCUUCUGACGUCCGUGAAGCAACAAGAAAAUGCAGAGGAUGAAGGUGAUCCAGAGGGCGGUUGCGAGAGCGGCCAUGGGCCUGACGGGUGUAAUGCUGCUCUGAUUCUCCACGAUAUUCUAAAAUCACGACAAGUUGCAGCCGACGAUCUGGAAAGUUACAGAGGGAAGCUUCCUUCUCUGGGGGCGUUGCUCCACGAGGAAGGGCUGUGCAAACCGUGUGUGUUUGCAAACAAAGCGAACAAGCAAUGUUUGAAUGGUAUGGCGUGUCUGUUUUGUCACCACUUUCACAAGGAGAAGCGGAAACGAGCCCGCAAAUCACGUGCACAACAGAAACAUCAGUCCUCCCCUGACGGUGUCUCUCCCGUCUCCUUCUCCUGCCCUGACCCCCAUUUCGCCCCUUUUCUUCAUCCAGGGAGUGCUCAUCGAGGCAACGGGCUGCGCCCCCAUGUACCUAUCAGAUUGCCAAUGCCGCCUGCCCUCAGAACACCGUUUUUCCCGGGUUGUUUUACCGCAGUGGAAGGACCCAGGUCCGUAGUAGGAAGCCCUGAUAGUCUUCCGGCGCUCCUUCCGGAAGGAGGGGGAUCUCAGUUUAGAACCAAGAGUUGCACAGCGAACCAGCCACCGCCACCCCCGCCGCCUCCCCCAGGCCUACAUAAGCUCGCUAUGACCGACGCGUCGAGUUGGAAUUUGAAAGGGCAAACCCCCAUCAAUCUCUCGAAAAAAAAUGAUUUAGAGCUGUGCCCGACGCUCCUCACGGGCGGUCGUUGCCUGCAAAGCCUGCGGUCGACCUCGCGUCAGUUUCACGUCUCCGGACGAAGGGAGGCGGCAUCACCGGCCGCCUGCAGUGGUGGUAGAUGCGGUAGCCUGAAAAAAGAAAACUCUCAUGCCAAAAGGUCUACAACAGGGACAGCGCUUUUCCAGGAAAUCACAGCUCCUGAGAGAAACUCGUCCCUCCAGCCGGCCGUUGAGUCACCUGCCAACCCGGAUGCCGUCGCAUGUACGACGAUUUCGAAUGCAAGUAAUCAUUUGAGAUCGGUCGCCGAACGAAAACACCCUGAUUCUAAAAACGCUGUGCACGAGAAACCCACCAGCCAUGCUUCCAACAUCCAUAGAGGUCUUUCGUACGAAUGCAAGGCCGACAGUCCAAAUAGAGGCAAUGGAUGGUUGCCUGCUGGGUCUCACAGUGGACAAGGAGACCUCGCUAGUGCCGUUGCCAACGGAGUGUCAUGUGGCCCCUCAUUCGAGUCAUCAGUAGUAGAUCUAAAUCGUGCGAAUAGUUGCCGAGCGCAGGAGUUCCGCAGGGUAGAUCUCCAGAAGGCAGAUCACGACGAAGGGCACUGUUAUCAGAAGCGUCAGGACAGGGUGGAACUACGUCCAUCUGCUGCAGAAGACGUGCCAGCGGCUGAAGAUUCAUGGUUUCGGGAGCGAAACUGCUUCUUCAACGGGGUGCCCACCGAAGCGCGUCCUCCGCAAAAUACUGCGAUUGCAGGGGGAUGCAGCCAUGUUUCCUCACCGAACAGAAGUGAAUAUGUUCUAGGUGGGAGGGGCAACGACAGUCGCAACGCAGUCUCUUCUCUGCUUAGAACUGCGCCAGAUCCUGUAGAUGGCAAGUCGGAGAGUAUUAGAGGGCUGCAAGACAAUGACAAUCAGGAGAGCGAAGGGGUAGUGCAGCAUCCUCCCUUUAUGGGUGAUGGAGAGAACGCAAAAGACGACCUUGCUAAGAGUGCCCUGGGACGACUGAAUCGGGACGAACUUGUUCACUUAAUGGACCUGAUUGUCUGCGCAUUAGCCGCCCAAAACCAUCCAGCUUUUGCAAGACCCCAGAUGGACGCUAACCGAGGAGAACAUCUUGAUUCACAGAUAGGCUCCUCUACGUCUGGGAAGUUCGAUCCGGAGUUGGAUGAAGCUGGGAAACAAGAAGACGGUGAGAGCGCGUCCACUAGUUUCUCCUUUCCUGGCGGGCUAGCGCUAUGUUGA